AAAAUCACGGAAGAGAGUCGAGCAGCGGUUCGAGUCUGACAAGUUUUUUUCUGACGUAGGGAGGAAAAAGGGAAAGGAUUAGAGGUUUUACUGCAGCUACUGCGAACUGUCAAUCCGUGCUGUCCCCGUUUAAGGAGCGAAAACAAAGAUGGAGGCAGCCCUUAAAACAGUAGUGGGGGUCUUCCUGAAGUCAGCUAAAGGGAAAGAAAACCUCGGAGCAAAAGAGUUUCAGAGUCUUGUGAAGAGUCAACUGAAGAACAUUCUGACGGGCACAGAAGACAAUAACUCAGUGAAAGACAUGCGUCAGCAACUCGACAACAACCAGGAUGGAAAGGUCAGCUUUCAAGAGUACAUGACUCUGAUCGGUUAUUUGGCGCAGUCUGUCAGCACACAGCGUUGUUUGGAAAAGGAAUCUGAAGCCGAGAGUUCAGCUCAGGCAUCGGCCGCAGCAAACACAGAGUCACAGCCGGCAGAACCGAAGGCAGAACCGAAGGCAGAACCACAAGCUGAACCACAAGCAGAACCACAAGCUGAACCACAAGCUGAACCACAGGCAGCAAAGGAGGAGCCGGUGGCUGAAGAGGCGGCUGCCACGGAAGAGAAGAAGCCAGAGGAGGAGGAAGUCGAGCGGGAGGAGGUGCAACCUGAAGAGAAAAAAGUGGAAGAGCAGAAUAAAACCGAGGAGGCCUCAUAGGAGCUCGAGAAAGCUGAGAUCUACUAAUCUUGUGCUUUCAUGUUUGUUUUACUUUUGUCGUUUUCAUUUUUGUGAUAUUUUAAAACACACACAAGAAACCCGGCCAAUACACUACAAAUUAUGUUACUGCAAAGAGGCAUAUAGUCAUCUCAAUAAUACUUAUUUAAUAACAAUGCGCACCUGUGAUUGGUUUUGUAAUGAUUGUAAGUAAAUUUGUCCAGGUCUUGGCAACAGCCAGAAAUGUGGCCGGAGGGCUGCAUUCAUUUUUAUAUGAGCCAGAGCUGUUGUAAGGGUACUGCAACCACUGUCUUCCCUCUUCAAUAUCUCCACAAAGCCACCGUGAAUGAAGAAAAGGGAGAAUUUGUAUCUGAGAAAUUGUUUCUCUGCUACUGUUUACUGCUUGUUUGUGCCACAUCAUAACGACAGGGUUACUCAGUCGACUCCGGUGCUAGACGUACAUUUAUUUUUCAGUGUUGCGGCAAUUUAACAAUCCCUAUGAGACUUGUGUUGUGAUGCACAUCCACAUGUGAAAAAUAACCACGGUGUUGCCACAAUCGGUUACCAUAGUUUUACUACAAAUACCACAUAUUGACCAAUGGGCGCUGCGGUGAGACGAUGGUAAAUUUGCGGCUAGCGUGGUCAUACUACAAUUACAAAUACCACAAAGCUACGGUUACCGUAGUAAACCAUGGUUAAUUUUCAAUAUGGAUGGGAACACUGACCUGAGCCAAUGUGCUUUGUUGUUCACAUUUUUGCCAAAUUUGAGCAAGGCCUUUUUUGCAUGAGAAUAAAGCGAUUUUGUUUGAAAUAAAUGUAGUUUUAUUGCA